UAUUCAUUAAUAGAAGGAAAGGAGAAAGUGAUACUCAAAUUUAAGUAUGCCUGUUGAUCAAUGCUUCAAUCGUGAUGCCAAAUAUGACUUGCAUAGAAAUGUUGCAGAUUUUCAACCUAGUAUUUGGGGAAAUUAUUUCCUUCAAUAUGCUUCUGAAUCUAUGGAAUUAGAUCAAAAGAUUGAGACACAAAUUGAAACUUUAAAAUAUGAUGUGAGAAAGAUGCUUGUUGCAAAGAGUGAGAAGCCCUUCCAAAAAGUUCACUUGAUUGAUUCCAUAUGCCGCUUGGGUGUUAGCUAUUACUUUGAAAAAGAGAUUGAAGAAAAUUUGCAAUAUAUUCACAGAAACUCUGUUGAAAAUGGAGAAAUAAUUUUUGAAGACAAUCUUUACUCUCUUGCUGUGCUGUUUAGAUUGUUGAGGCAACAAGGACUUUAUGUUUCCCCAAAUGUGUUCAAUAAAUACAAGGAUGACAAAGGAAGUUUUAGUGAAACACUCAUCAAAGAUGUUGAGGGAAUGUUAAGCUUAUAUGAAGCCACUCAUUUGAUGAUUCAUGGAGAGGACAUUUUGGAAGAGGCUUUGGCUUUUACAACAACUCAUCUUGAGUCCAUUGCCAAUCAAUCAAGCCAUCCUCAUGCCACACAAGUCAAAUACAGCUUAAGGCAGACUAUUCAUAAGAACCUGCCUAGGCUUGAGGCAAGAAGAUUCAUUUCCAUAUAUGAGCAAGAUCCUUUGCAUAUUGAAAAUUUACUUCUUUUGGCAAAAUUAGAUUUCAACAUGCUACAAACCCUACAUCAAAAGGAAUUUGGCAUUGUUUGCAAAUGGUGGAAUGAGUUGGAUGUGCAUAAUAAACUACCGUAUGCAAGAGAUAGAUUGAUAGAAAGUUGUUUUUGGGCUUUGACGAUCUAUUUUGAAUCUCAAUAUUCUACAAUAAGAAAAACUAUGAUGAAGAUAAUCAUCACAAUGACAACUAUUGAUGAUACUUAUGAUGCAUACGGAACAAUGAAUGAAUUAGAACUUUUUACUAAAGCAAUUGAAAGGUGGAACUGCUUGGAUAAUCUUCCAGCUUAUAUGAAGUUUCUCUAUGGAAUAAUUUUAGAUCUUUACGAAGAACUUGAGCAUGAAAUGAAGAUGAGAGGAAAAGUAUUUGCUUUAAACUAUCAUGUGAAAGAAUUAAAGAAAUACGUUCAAGCUUAUAUGACAGAGGCUAGAUGGUUAAACAAUAAUUAUAAACCAACAUUAGAGGAGUAUAUUCGACUCUCAAUAGAAUCAUCAGGUUAUGUGUUUAUGGUAACAACUUGUUUCAUGGGAAUGGGAGAAAUAGUCACAGAGGACAUCUUGAAGUGGGUAGCAAAUGAACCAACAAUUGUUAAUGCAUCUAUUGUCAUUGGAAGACUAAUGGACGAUAUUGUGUCCAACGAGUUUGAACAGAAAAGAGAUCAUAUUUCCUCAUUCUUGGAAUGCUAUAUGAAGAAAUAUAACGUUUCAAGGGAUGUUGCAAUUCAAGAAGGUCGAAAGAGAAUUGUUGGGGCUUGGAAAGAUAUGAAUAAAGAAUGUCUUAUUCCGACUCAAGUUCCAGUGCCUUUUCUGAAACGUAUUUUAAACCUCUCACGUUUUAUGGAUGUUGUUUAUAAAGAUAAAGAUAACUUCACACAUCCUGAAGGAGAAAUGAAAACAUUCAUUAAGUUAUUGCUUGUAGAUCCAGUACCAAUUUGAAGGUUGACUUUAGUUUUUAUGCAUUAUAUGUCUACUUGAAUAAAGAAAGCACAUCAUGUGUUAUGGUUGCUUUGUUGAA